AGAGAGAGAGAGAGAGAGAGUCCAACCCCCAAAAAAGUCUUCUCUCUCUGGAACUGAGAGGCAAAGAUAUUUUUAGCGGUUUUCGCGGUUGUAAGCCAAAGUUGGAUUUCUAUUUUGAGGCGUUUUUGCAGCUUCUCUCUCUUUAUUUCUCACUCUAAUUUCUGCGGACUUUUCAGAUAUUUAUUUUUUAUCCCUUUAAGGAUGAGGUUAAUUUCUCCUUUGACACACACAUCUUCGCUGCUCACGCUCCUGCAACUGUUUAAUUUACUUCCAGUUUGACAAAACUAGGGCUUUUUUUCCUAAUUUCUUUUGAUCUGUGUAUUUUUUGUUUCUUUUUUUUUUUUCUUGGUUUCAAUAAUAGCGUGUUUGAGAAUGGGUGAGGUGGUAGUGAGCAGUGGUGGUGGGAUGGAGGUGGGGACAGAGGAGGAUGCAGAGAAGAAGAAAAAGAAGAAACAAACAGAGAAUAAGGAUGGCUCAUCGGAGGUGGUUCUGUGGGAGAAGUUUCUUCCUAGGAUGGUGCUUAGAGUUCUAUUGGUUGAGGCUGAUGAUUCUACGCGCCAGAUUAUUGCCGCACUUCUUCGGAAAUGCAGUUACAGAGUUACUGCUGUUCCUGAUGGACUAAUGGCAUGGGAGACCUUAAAGGGUGGACCCCAUAACAUUGAUCUCAUAUUAACAGAAGUAGAGUUGCCAUCAAUAUCAGGAUAUGCACUGCUUACAUUGGUCAUGGAGCAUGACAUUUGCAAAAACAUUCCUGUCAUAAUGAUGUCGUCACAUGAUUCAAUUAGCAUGGUUUUGAAGUGCAUGUUAAAAGGUGCGGCUGACUUUCUCAUUAAGCCUGUCAGGAGAAAUGAGCUGAAAAACCUGUGGCAGCAUGUUUGGAGAAGGCAAAAUCUAACAGCUGGACAUAUUCCUCAAAAUUCACCUGAUGCACAGCAUAAAGUUGAAACUGCCUCUGAAAACAAUUCGACAAGUGAUCGCUCAAGUGAUUGUGCAACUUCUUCACAUAAAAGAAAGGAAUGCACUGAGAAAGGGUGUGAUGCCCAAGGUCUUUCACUGCUUAAGCAUAGAAGUGAUUCAAAUCUGAGCAAUAAGCAGAAGGAGAAGUACGAAGAGUGUGUCAUAUUGGACCAAAGGGAAGUCAUCCCUGAGAGUAAAACUGGAGAUUGGUCAACUCAAUUGAGCCUAAUGAGUGUAUCAUGCAAUGAAGCUUACAAUCCAACUGCUCAGAAACUGGGAGAACAUGCUGCUUGUGCUAAGACAACAAUUCAAGAUGAAAGUGUGAGACCAGAAAAUGAUACGGGAAAUGCUAAUACUUCUCAGGGCCACAAUGAUGAACUUGUCGAAUCUUCUACUGGAGCUAUUGAUUUGAUUGGUUCAUUUGAUAAUGGCCCAAAAUGCAUAUAUGGGCAUACGACUAAAAUUGGCGGCACAAACAAGUUUGAGUUCACUUCACAGCUGGAACUUUCUCUAAGAAGAUUUUUUCCCAACAGCUCAAAGAAUCAAGGGGUUGAGGAAAAGCAUUUGCUGAACCAUUCUAAUGCUUCGGCUUUUUCAUGGUAUAAUAGUAAGACAUUGCAACCUCUUUUUCCAACAUCAACGGGUAAUUGUACAGAGCUCAAAGAAGAUGCCAGUAAGUCUCCAGAUCUGUCAUCCAAUCGACAUUCUCAAAAUGUUAGUGGUUUUUCUCAAAAGCAUGGUGCCAAUCUGAAUGACAGUCAAGAAAUUAAGACCACUCUGGUCAUUGGUCAGUCUGGGCAAGCUGAACUAGCAUACUCAAUUCCUCAACAGCUGAUCCCUAUCCGAGGGGUAAGGCGUGACAAUCUCUGUACUGGAUAUGGCCACGUUAUUCCUCCUGUAUACCAUAGACAAAGUGGUAUAUCCCCAGCUUGGAGUCCCAAACUGGCCAGCCAAAGAGAACAGUCUCCAUUUAGUACCUCAAUUCAUUCAAAUCCUGAAAUUCAUGACUCUGAACAGAAUCAUAGACAAUCUGAUGAGACUACCAUCAAUUCCGUGGACCAAAAUACACAUCAGCAGAAUAAUAUGGAACCUGUUGAGGAACUGAGACAUGGUUCUCCGGCUGCUGGUCAGAGUACUAGUAGUAGCAUGUGUAAUAGCAUUGCAGAUCACAAUAACAGCAGUGCGUAUGGAAGCCUUUGCAGUAGAAAUGAUGGAAAUGCUAUUUUGGUGGUAGGAUCUGAGAAGGCUAGGGUUCCAGAGAGCUUGAAUGAUGGAGGUCUCUUUCUUCAUGACAGAUUCAGAGGGAUGGAUUCUCAUCGUGCCAGCCAAAGAGAAGCAGCUCUGACAAAGUUCCGACUGAAGCGGAAAGAUCGAUGCUAUGAGAAAAAGGUUCGAUACCAAAGCCGGAAAAGACUAGCAGAGCAGCGGCCUCGAGUAAAAGGGCAGUUUGUUCGUCAAGUGCAAAAUGAUACCCCAAUGGCUGAUGAUAAUAAUUGACAAUGAAAUUCAUCAUUGCUUAGAAAUGUGCGGUCACUAUCAGUUGCCUGAAGUGCCAAAUACUUUUGUGUUGGUUGUUGGUACUAGCUAUGGGCUAUAAGGUGUAAUUUUUGGGCCUACCAAAGAAGGUAGUCUUGUAAUUAUUUAGCGAGGUUGUUGGAGUCAUCUACUAUCAUGUUUAAUCUGUUUGCUUUGUUCAGUGGAUCUAUAGAUGACUGACUUUGUUGGUGAUAUUUGAUAAUUUGCAUUAAUAGUUUUCAGUUGCCUUGAUGUCUUCA